AUGGAUCAUGAGUCCGCUGACAACUCCAGUCUCACGUACAUCUGGCUUUCUAUCGAUGGCUGGAAGGGAAUUCAGAUGGCCUACUUGGCGUACCGGCAGCAGGGCCCUGUUGUGGGUGACAUACACGUGUGUAAGUCGGCGUCAUUCAGAUUCCUCCCGAUGGCAGACCUCGUACUGGUUUGA